AUGUCGCACAACAUGGACGAGAAGAAGGGUGACGCCGAGUUCAACGCCCAGGGUGUCGUUCAGCACGAGACACUCGAUGACAAGGACCUCCUGGCCGCCUCGUACGAGGCCGAAACCCGCGAAAAUGAGAUGGGCGUCUGGGAGGCCGUGAAGGAGCAUCCUAUGGCUUGUUUCUGGGCUUUCGUCUUCUGCUUCACAAUUGUCAUGGAGUCUUUCGACAUGUUCUUGAACGGUAACUUCGUCGCCUUGACCGCGUUCAAGGCAAGAUACGGUACCCUACUUGCCGACGGUACCAAGGCCAUUCCUACAAAAUGGCAGAGUUCCCUCUUCCAGGCUGGUCAAUGUGGCGCCUUCGUUGGUGUCUUCCUCGCUGGACCUAUCACCAACCGCAUCGGAUACCGAUGGUGCACAAUCCUCGCUCUGGUCCUCAUGAUCUUGACAAUCUUCAUCUCUUUCUUCGCUCAGUCGCUCGAGGUACUCGUCAUUGGACAGGCCUUUGAGGGCGUCCCUUGGGGCAUGUUCAUCGCAAACUCUCCCGCCUACGCUUCCGAGGUUGUCCCCGUCGCACUUCGUGGUGUCUGUACCGCAACUCUUCAGAUGUCAUGGUCCAUCGGCAGCAUCAUUGUUGCUGCCGCGACCAUGGGUUUCAACGGGCGUAACGACGAGUGGGCGUGGCGCGCACCUCUUGCAUUGCAAUGGAUCUUCCCUAUUCCGUUGUUGGCUCUCAUCUUCUUCGCCCCAGAAUCGCCUUGGUGGUUGGUUCGCGCUGGCAAGAAGGAUCAGGCUCUCAAGUCCAUCAAGCGUCUUGGUAGCAAAUCCAGUACACAGGCAACUGCUGAGGAGACACUUGCCAUGAUUGAGCGAACUGUGGAGAUCGAAGCGCACCUUGGCGGUAACCCAUCACUGCUCGAUCUUCUCAAGGGUGUUGACCUCAGGCGAACAGCGAUCACUUGUUUGAUCUACAUGUCCCAGAACUUCGCUGGUAACCUGAUCGCCAACCAGGCUACAUUCUUCUUCGAGCAGGCUGGCAUGUCUACGGACUUCUCUUUCAAGCUCAACCUCAUCAACUCAUGCCUCCAGUUGGUCGCUAACGCUUUGUCGUGGCCUCUCAGCGCCUACUUCGGUCGCCGAACAAUCUUCCUUGGCGGUGCUGCUGUUAACAUGGUCCUGCUCAUCAUCCUUGGUAUCUGCGCCACCAUCACGCAGACCGUCUCGACGAACUACGCCCAAGCAUGCCUUGGUGUGAUCAUCUCUUUCGUCUUCGCUGGCUCCCUGGGACCUAUCUCCUACUCCAUCAUCGCCGAGACAUCUUCCAUCCGCCUGCGUCCCCUCUCCACAGGUGUCGGUCGUGCCGCUUACUACGUUGCCGAGAUCCCCAUGAUUUACCUCGCUUCGCAAAUGCUGAACCCUACCGGAUGGAACAUGGCCGGAAAGUGUGGAUACGUCUGGGGAGGUACUGCCUUCGUCUGCCUGGUUUCUGCCUACUUUGGUCUUCCUGAGAUGAAGGGCCGCUCUUACCGUGAGCUUGAUAUCCUGUUCAAGCGCAAGGUUUCUGCAAGGAAGUUCAAGUCGACAGUCAUUGGUGUCGACGAGAACCACUAA